UAGUGUCCAUUGUUUUUCUACAAUGUUAUUUUUCUGACUGCUGGUGGUGGACGAAAAAUUUAUCUCGCUGCGUCGAGUGUGGGUUUGUGCUAGUGUUCGUGUUCGAUACAGUGAUUUAUUUGUAAUAGAUCACGAAGAUGUCGUCACCGAGCGCUGGGAAACGUCGCAUGGACACAGACGUCAUAAAACUUAUUGAAAGUAAGCAUGAGGUCACUAUACUCGGAGGUCUGAAUGAGUUUUGUGUCAAAUUUUUCGGACCUCCCGGCACGCCAUACGAGGGUGGCGUGUGGAGGGUGAGAGUUCAUCUGCCGGAUCACUACCCCUUCAAAUCCCCUUCGAUCGGCUUCAUGAACAAAGUGUACCAUCCUAACAUUGACGAGGUCUCCGGAACCGUGUGCCUGGAUGUCAUCAACCAGGCUUGGACGGCGUUAUAUGAUCUAUCGAACAUAUUUGAGUCGUUCCUGCCACAGCUAUUGACGUAUCCGAAUCCCAUUGAUCCUCUCAAUGGGGACGCAGCUGCCAUGUAUCUGCACAAGCCCGAGGAGUACAAGAAAAAAGUAUCAGACUACGUUCGUCGUUUCGCUACUGAGGAGGCCCUUUUAGAGAAGGACGCCAUUACAGGUCUUGGGGCUUCAAAAACCCCCAGCGAUUCAGAAUCCUCGAUGUCUGAAUUUAGUGAUGAUGAGGCCCACGACAUGGAAUUAUAACGCAAUGACCCGUUGUGAGCCCGUGGAUGUCUUUGUACUUUGGUCUUUGACGUUGUUACAGAGUAUUGCCAUUGUAAAAAAAAAAUAACAUUUCUCGGUAUAUAUAAUCUCUGGUAUUAAUUAUACUCUCGGUAUUGGAAUAUGUAAAAUUAUCUUCAUUUAAUAUGAUAGUUAGUUUUGAUUUAUACAAGCGAUAUAUAAAUUGUCCUCGAUUGGAAUUUUUAUAUCGUGGUUAGUGUUACUGAAUAAUUUUUAAUGGCAAUCAAUUUUUUCUAGAUGUUUCUAUGUGUAGAUUCCGAUCAAACUGUCAAAGUUCUAAGUUAAACGACUCUCGUUCGUUGAUUGUGUGUUGAGGCAUCUCGCUCGGCUUAGAAGCGUCAAAUAAAAUUAUUUUACUACCUCAAUAUUUUUAUAACAUAAAUAAAAGUGAUUUUUCUCAAAGAAUAAUUUCACUUUUGUACUUAAAAGUUUUUUCAGACAUAUCUCAUUUUAUAUUAUACCGACAGGUAUUAGCCAAAUAUUGAAUCUGAGGUAGUAAUAUAAUUCUACUCGCCUUAUUGAUAACACCUAUUUAGUAAUGUAUUGUAGUUGUUAAGGGUUUAUCGAUGAGCCGAUAGUAGAGAGCCGGUCACGUGUACUGUGGAAUGGACCACGUUAUGCCAAUUUUUACACUUAAAUGCUCAUAAAACGCAGUACACACAAGUGCUUUAAAAACUAAUUCAUUGUUAAUGGUAUUUUUAAAUAUUGGUGUGAAGGAAAUGUCUAUGGUUAACGUCUGCGAUUUGUCUUUGGUCAGCUGGCAUUAUUUUUUUUUUGACCUGAAUUAAUUUUUUAAAUCGUUUGGGUUAUCUUUAUUUGUCGAAACAUAAUAAAAUAUGCGAGGAAUGGUAUUUGCUCUAUUCACGUAAUAACUUUUCUUUGUCGUUUGGCACAAAACCAAACAAUAUUGUGAAGUUACUAAAUUCUAUUACAAAGUGGGCAGAUACAAGUAUAAUUACGCUUAUAGCAGCAAUAUUUUAAGAUGUUCACGUUGGUGUAGAGCUUGUGACGUAUUUUGAUGGGAUGUAGGUUCUAUAUAAUAUAACCGUUGUUCGAAAAGGUUUGAUAUAUAAUGUGUACUCGCCUUCUUAAAAACAACGUUUUGAAAUUAUUUCAUAAUGUUUAUUAUAUAUAAAUUGGUAUAAUACAACUGGCAACACAACGGGCGCUAGUGACCUAGGGUAUUAUUUUGUAAAUAUUUUAAUCUGUCCCCAUAGCAUAAAACCAAUUUAAAUCUAUAUCGGGUCUUCUGACUGCAGUCAUCACUGUAUCUCAUAGGUAUUUAAUUAUUUUUAUUAGUUUUAAUUUUUGAUGUCAUGUAUGUGUCUAACUUUCAUUUAACUCGGCGUCGUUUACACCGUGCAUGCAACACUCUAAAUCAAUGGCCCCGAUGCGUCAAUCCGAUUUAUAUUUUUUUACAUUUGACUGUACUUAGUUUAAUUCUGUUUUAGCACAACCGUUUUUACUUCAAACAUUUUUACGCCAUGACAGAAAUAAGUUUUUGUUUUUUCGGUUUUCUGCUCCUUAGCGCUUUACCAAAUACUAAGCAUUUCUUUUGAUGACUGGCAACAUUGCUGAUCUGUCAAAAUCAAACAUUGUUUGUAAUGUUCUCGGGUCUAAUUAAUAUAGACCUCUGCUUAAUAUAUCAUAUAUAGGUUUAAAUUUCGGUCAGGGUUUAAAAUAAAUUCUAAUAUCAGAAAGAACAUUACAAUAGCGAAUAAAUAACAGAUCUCCACGACAUUUUGCGAUCCUCAAAGUGUUGCAAUCGUCUAUUGAUAAGUCUAGGUUAUAAAUAGAUUACUAAAUAUUAUUGAUAGACAUAUAUGUAUCUUUGAAAUGAUAACUCAAGCCAUAAUAAUAUAUUUUGGUAUAAGAAGAUGAAAAGUUAAAAUUCUUAGUGGUAUGUGAGUUGGGUUGACGUUUCUUUCGAUGGAUUUGGUAGAUGAGCUUUCAUAAGUCCACCCAGCUUGUUGGGCUGGAGUUGGUUUAAUAUUGGAGCGAUACAAAAUAAACGUACAUCAUUAGGAACUACGAUACCUGUGAUGCCGGAAUUUCUGUAAAAUCACAACAUAAACGUGUACGAGAUGUUUAAACAAAGCUUUUAUUAAACUAACGACAGCUCAGAUUGAAUUAUUUGUAUAAGAAUUUCUAUGGACGCAGAUGAAAUCAGUUAUAUGUGAACAGAAUAAAACUUUAUAGUAUAUUUUUAUUUCAUUACAUGUAAUAAACUUACGUUAUUUUUAAACUA